AUGUCUCUCUUUAUCAGCGAUUUUAACAAUUCCUUCACAAUUUUCGCAUCCCUUGGCAAAUUAUCCUCUUCACCCCCUUCCGCCAUCUCUCACCCCCUUCGAUCGCACAUCUGCCCCAAUUCCAACGCCGGCAACCAGAAUGUCCAGGUGUGCGAGACCUACUCCUCCACAAUCGAGACCACGGGACGCGGUGAGGACGAGAAGAAGGUUUUGGAGAGGCACGAGAAUUCGGGUCAGCGCGAGGAAGAAGAAGAAACUGACUUGCUCCGUCCCGAGGUGUCGGCGAGUGUCAACAUUCUCAAACACCACCGCACAUAA